GUCACAGUUGCUGGACCACAGAGUUUCUGUACUGCCUUUGGCCGGACUUUUGCGCAAACAACAAAACCGCAGUGUCCAAUUACAAUUUCUACGUUAGCGUUUUUAAUUCGCGUUGGAGAUAGGAUUUGGUUGACAUAUGUUAUUUUGGCAACGCUAGCUAGCUGCUAACAAUGACUAACUAUAUGGUUUUUCACACUCAAAUAGCUUCCGUCAUGGAGGUGCUAGCGAAUGCAGCCGUGGCAGAGAUCUGUAAACUCGUAGACGACGACUAUGCAGUGUUUCGUUUGGAAAUAACACAAAGCCAGAAAGAAAACAGGACAUUGCGGAGAAAACUACAGCUACAGGAACUGAAGGUGGCACGGGAGCGCGCAGAGAGGACAAUACGAGAGCGCGUCGUCGCCAGUCGUCCUAGAAGUGUCAAGAUCCUCGACCGAUACAGAGUAAUGGCAAGAGGUGAAGGACAUCUCACUGGAGGCAACAGAAGCUUUGUGAAGUCAGCAGAACACAAUACAUGGAGAGAUGACCGACCAAUCACUGUUGAUGAGGGGAGUGGAACCUCAACCCAGCAUGUUAUCAUGAUAGAGUCUGCAGAUGCAGAGGCUGCAGGUCCUGGGGUUAAGCAGGAGAUGGCUGAAGGAGAAGAGGACCCACGGCACAGCAGAGACUGCCAGACUGCAGUGGCUGGAGCGCCCCCUGUAGCCACGGAGGACCCCACCACCGCCCCAGCACAGCCCAGCAGCAUCACGGAGGUCAGUGGAACGCAGAACACCAUCUUCAAGACAGAGACAUACCCCAACACUUCAACGGGGCUGGGGCGACUGGGCUGUCCUCCUGCUCCCCACUCUGAGUAUUUACUUUAUGGUAACCAUAGCCCGACGACGGUUCUGUCCCAUCAGGACCCAAGUGACUCGUUACAGACUGUCAAUGAUCCGUCCUGUUCAUACGCUACAGAGACCGGGAUGAUACCUGGUGACAUGCCUGUGGGCUUAGAUACACAGACUAAUCCAAUGAGAGGGAACUGGAACCAGUACAGUAGUAGUGUGUAUUCUGAGGAGUGCCUGGAUGAGAAAGGAGAGGGUCUGGCCUUAGAUGAUGUGACUGUGAAAGUGGAGGGUGACGCUCCUCUGAAAUGGAAUGAAGACGAGACUCAUUUAGGAGAAGGACACUUGCAGGGCAACAGCAGUGAGUUCUUAGACUACAGGGAAAGCUUGGAGACAAAUCUAAAUGUUGGGACCCACUCCCCUUUACACGCGUUCAGGGAUCACAACCCAGUGUCCACGUCAAUGGCACCUUCCGAUUCACACAGCCAUGUCCUUUUCGAUCAGGUAUUGAUUUCAAACAACAGGGUUAGAGCCCAGGCUCUGGGUGGGGGAGCAACAUCAGGAAAAGGUAAAGAGAAACGGUUCCUCUGCGCGUUCUGUAACAAAGGCUUCAGCUGCCCCCAGAAGGUGGAGAUCCACCAGAGGGUCCACACAGGGGAGAAACCCUACAGCUGUACCCAGUGUCAUAUUCGCUUUGCCCAGGCUGGUGACCUGAAGAGGCACCAGAGGGUCCACACAGGGGAGAAACCCUUCAGCUGUACCCAGUGUAACAUGCGCUUUGCCCAUGCUGGCAACCUGAAGAGACACCAGAGGGUCCACACAGGGGAGAAAUAAUACAGCUGCCCCAGUGUGAGAAGAGAUUCUACCGCCAGCUCCAGCUGAAGAUGCACCUGAAGGUCCACACGGGAGAGAGGUGGUUCGCACUGCAGGAAGAGGUUCUCAGAGAGGAGCUACCUCAGGAUACACCAGCAGAAAACCAUUCCACUCGAUAACUUCUGACGUUUAGAUCAAACCCUGCAUUAAUUAAAGACAAAGAUGAAUUGUCAAAAGAUCCGCAGUUGCAUUUGGAAUUACGAGAGUAACAUAUUUUAGUGUUGAAUAUUCGGGAGGAAUGUUGCUUCCAGACGUGUGAUAUACACUGAGUGUACAAAACAUUAGGAACAACUGCUCUUUCCAUGAAUGCAGGUGAAACUUACAGUAUGAUCCCUUAUUCAUGUCACUUGUUAAAUUCACUUCAAUCAGUGUAGAUGAAGGGCAGGAGACAAGUUAAAGAAUAUUUUUUUUAAGCCUUGAGACAAUUGAGACAUGGAUUAUGUGUGUGUGCCGUUCAGAGGGUGAAUGGGCAAGACAAAAUAUUUAAGUGCGGGGUAUGUUAGUAAGUGCCGGGCGCACCUGUUUGAGUGUGUCAAGAACUGCAAUGCUGCUGUUUCCCGUGUGUAUCAAGAAUGAUCCACCACCCGAAGGACAUCCAGCCAACUUGACACAACUCUGGAAGCACUGGAGACCUUUUGAGUCAAUGCCCCGACGAAUUGAGGAUGUUCUGAUGGCAAAAAGGGGUGUAACUCCAUAUUAGGAAGGUGAUCCUAUUGUUUUGCGCACUCAGUGUAUAAGGCAAAAAAAAUGUGUUUGUACUGUGUGGGCCAGUGGUUCCCAACUUCAGUCCUCGAGUACCCCCAACAGUACACAUUUUGUUGUUGUAGCCCCAGACAAAAAACAGCUGAUUCAACUCAUUAACUAUGUUUCCAUUAAUUUGGCCAGAGAUUUUUCAUUAACAUUUAGAACGUUUCCGUAGAAAUAGAUGUGACAGUUGCCUAUUGCGGUGUGUUUCCAUUGAACUGUCUUGUGUCGCUCAAAAACAGCAGACGUAAUAUGACUUCACAUCAAGAAAAAGUACCAGUCAAAGGUUUUGGACACACCUACUCAUUCAAGGGCUUUUCUUUUAUUUGGACUAUUUUCUACAUUGUAGAAUAAUAGUGAAGACAUCAAAACUAUGAAAUAACAUGUAUGGAAUCAUGUAGUAACCAAACAAAACAAUAUAUUUUAGAUUCUUCGAAGUAGCCACCCU